GUGGAAAAGAGGGAGGCCGAGCAUGUGUCUGGAUUCCCCUCGUCUCUUCAUCUGCUCCAGUCUGCUUGGCAUUCAUUCACCACGAGUGGCUGUGACCCCUGUUUUGGCAUGCAGCGAGGGACUUGUUUCCUGGAGUCAACGCUCCAUUUCUGCUUCAAUGCUGGAGACGACUGUAUGGCGUGGAGACAACGUCACCCUCUACUGUGACUGCAAAGUUUCGACUGGAGUAUAUAUAGUUUGGUUCAGGAAUUGUUCCCAUCAAUAUCAGCCUACUCUUGUUGUAAAAACGAUAUACCGAGAGAAAAAUCGUGAAUUCGAAAAUAUAUUUCCUCGUUUGAAAUUUUUAAAGAAUGAGUCGUCCAACUCGUAUGACCUGGUGAUCAGAAAUGUCACAAAUUCUGAUGAGGGACUUUAUUACUGUGGAACAUUUGAGACAAAGGUGGAAAAAGACACAAACAAAAACAUUUUAAGUAAAAAAAUUUACAUCUAUGGGAACACCACAAGAGUCUCAUUAUAUACAGGGUCCAAUUUCCUGCAUCCAAAUAUUUCCAGAACAGUUGAGGACUGUGGCGUGUGCUGGAAGCUGUUGUUCUCUGUGUGUCCGGCUGGUUCUGUUCUCUCAGCUCUCUUCUCCUCACUUUUGGUUUACCUGCUUUGUCAAAAGUCAGCAAACACUCAAGCUGAGAAAAACAGACGUGACACUUUAAGACAAACAGAAGAAACACAGGAUGAAAAUGUGUGUUAUGCUGCCCUUGAAAUCAAUCAGCCAUCACAGAGGACAAAAAGGAAGAGGACGAUCCAGAUUUCAGAUUUCAGCACAUACUCUGCCAUCAAGACAUUCCAUGUGGAGGAGAAUCAUAUUUAAGUUAGAGGUUAAAACAGAAAUAGAUGGGGAGUCUUUAUUGUAUUCUUUCGUCUUAUGUCCAUCUAAAACUGAAGACAAAUAAAAAAUGAGAAGCGUUCCGUCUUCAUAAAUAUGUAGUUUUCAGACAGCUUCUAAUGUGAUGGUAUUUAAAUCUCUCUUCAUCAGAAUGAAGCCCUUUUCACUCAUGGACUGACUUUUCCUGACCUAUCUGCAGUGACUUCAUGUCCGAAAGCAAAUGUAUUCAACAUUUAUUCUAGUAGUCUAGUGCGCCAUAUCGAAACAACUUUGCAAAAAACAGGAGGUAAUCUUCUAACACACCGUACUCUUUUCUAAUAAUAAUCUUUCUGUUAAUUUGCAGUAGCAAUAAUAAUACAUGCAUGUUUUCUUUUUUUGACUUUCGACAUAAAAAUAUGUUUGUUACCAAUUACAAUGUCAUUUACUUUAACUUGAAUUUAAUUUGUAAUGGCUUUGAACAUUUUAACAUCAGAUCUUCUUUGACAAUUUACUUUUACAACCAACUUUGUACUGUUCACCUGAAAAAUUAAGUCUGUUUUAAGUCUUUUACAAGUAAUAAAAUACAAAUUUCCACUUGUGGCCAUUUGCAGAGAAAUCCCAACCCAAUCAAAUUUAUAGAACUAAGCUUGAUUGAAUUUUUACAAGACAUCUCACAUAAUAUUUAAAAAAGCUACUUCAGGUUUAACUGACAGCUGUGAUAUUUUAGACUCAAACAGUGGUGUUAGAAUAUACACCAUGUUUAGUCAAUAAAGUCAUCAGGUAGGUGGCUUAUUGACAGAGGACAAGAUUUUCAAGUUAUUCAUAAAUGUGAGUUUUGUAAGAACUAAGUUUUAAAACCGUAACUUAAAUAAUUUAGUAAAAUAUUUUAAGAUGUGAAUAGUUGUUAAACCUGGAAGAGUCAUCAAGGCUACAAUUUCUAAGUGAAAACUAAAUUUUUGGAUCGUGGUCUGCUACCUCCAGCAACCAAGCCUGCCUGACAUCGACAUCACAUUCAAGCCAGAUUAUUGUGACCACAUGAUGUACUGUAUGUACACAUCAUGUUCAAUAAAACUCCAAAUACAGUAGUGUGAACAA